UCGUUUCACUGCAUUUAUGUGUCCUGGAGGAGAUGACUUCCAGUCUCCUGAAGGCUGCAUCAGACUUUUAACAAUCCAAGAGAUGCAUAAAGUGAUGCUGCUGCAAGAAACAGAAGGUAGCUUCUUCCAGACACAGAUCUGUCCCUCUCUGACUCGUCAGCUCUCGCAAAGAUUAAAAUGAUUAUGCAAAAGCAAGUGUACCACAAGGAUGAGACAAGAGAAGCACUGAAGAAAGAGUGACGCCAGACAUUGCAGAAGGUGUGGAGGUGGGAAAAAGCAUUUUGCUUCUUUUUGCCAAUAAACACACAGACUAUAUGCCUGGAAAGAGCUUGGCUACACAACAGAAACUGAGAAAGACUUGAAAUCCUCAACCCAGCGUCUUGCGGCAUCAUUUUUGACUGUCAAACACCCACUUCAGGACUGUUCAUUGAAACUUCUCAGAAGUGACAAAACUUCCUCAAGUUCACAGGAAAUAUGAGGACUAAUGAAGUAUUUUUUUGUAAUCGGUACUUAAGAAAUCAGGGUUGUUUUUCCCAAAGGGAGAGUGACUGGGACAUCAUGGUCAGCUGUGUGUCACUUGUGGUUCUGAUAGUUGCAGCCUUGACUUGAGUAGUUGGGUAAAUUGAGCCCUGGACGGCUUAGAAGAUGAUGAUGUCCUCUCCUGUGAGACCAGAGGCUCUGACUGUGGCUCAACCCAUCCCUGUCCCUACACUGACUGUCCUGCCGCCAUCCUCAGAUACAGACUCAUGGUCUCGCUCCCCCAGCCCCCGACUGUUGCGCUCCAGCCGCCUCAAUCGGACCCACCGCAGCAGGACCCGAACCAAGAGGCGAAACGAAGACGAGCAGGACUGCACCCCAAAGCUGCAGUGGGGUAAAACACCACAAAUUGUAAUAGAGGAGUCUGUGCAGGGGGGCACUGUUCGACACCGAAGCCUCUCGCCCUCCCCCUCGCUGUCCACUCAGAUGGAGGGAGAAGAGGGAGGUCGGGACAGCCCUUCACACGACCUCCUCCUGCCUCCCCCUCGUUCUGGGUCUCGUAGCCCCUCACCCAGCCGGCGCUCCCGCUGGUCCCUCAGGAGCCUCCUCAACAGAGACUCUGACUGGGACAGCUGCAGCACGGCCAGUAACUCUCCACGCAGCACCCCCGGCAGCUCCCCCUCUCUGCGGCGCAGGGUCCUGGGGGGAGGCAGGGCCAGCGAGGGCGAGGCUGGAGGAGAGAAGAGCAGUGGAGGUGGAGGAGGUGCAGACAGCCCACUGCCCUCCAUACCCUCCGCCUCCUCCCUCACAUCCGCCUACCCACUCGCCUCUCGCCACUUCAGCCGCAAUGCCAAGAAAAUGCAGAGCUGGUACAAUGUUCUCAGUCCUACGUACAAACAGCGAAAUGAGGAUUUUCGUAAAAUCUUUAAGAAACUUCCUGACACAGAGCGACUUAUAGUGGAUUACUCCUGUGCUCUGCAGAAAGACAUACUGCUUCAAGGGCGCCUCUAUCUGUCAGAGAACUGGCUCUGUUUCUACAGUAACAUCUUCCGCUGGGAAACCACUAUAACUAUCCUGCUGAAAGACGUGACCUCGAUGACCAAGGAGAAGACUGCCAAGCUCAUCCCGAAUGCCAUUCAGAUCAGCACUGACAAUGAGAAGCAUUUCUUCACGUCUUUCGGAGCGAGGGAUCGAAGCUUCAUGAUGAUUUUCCGUCUGUGGCAGAACGCACUGCUGGACAAGUCUCUGUCCCCCAAAGAGCUGUGGCACAUCGUACACCAGUGUUACGGCACCGAACUGGGCCUCACUAGUGAAGACGACGACUACGUCUCCCCCACCGCCGAACAUAUGAACGGCCUACUGCCAGGAGAUGAGUCUGUGUCGGUCACAGAUCUACUGGACCUGAGCUCGGUGUCGGUCCCGUCCACCGGCAGCUCUCCCCCUCCAACCGUGCCCUGCAGUCUGACCAGUCCUCCGUCAGCCUCCAGCCUCAGUGGAUCCUCCCCGCCUGCCUCCGCCCCCUGCCUCCCCACAGAGGAGUCUUCGUCAUCGGGGCGCAGACUCAGCUCGGACCCCCUGGAACCGAGCCCCCCUGGCUCUCUGCCGUCCACCACCCCCACUCACGCCUCAGCCCCGACCUCUGCUGCUGCCUCCUUUACCCUGGGGGAGGGCGGGGACAGUUUGUCUGAGUCGGCCAAUCACAUGCUGUCGCCUCCAACCACCAGUCUGGGAAAUCUGUCGUCUUUGGACAUCACCAACGACGAGGACCUUCCCACCGACCCCAGCAACUCCUCUGACACACAAGAAGAGAGUGAAGUGGAGUCUUUCUGCGCCAACCUCAACGGCCGUCUUCACAUCAACACUGCUGUCCGAAUGAGUGUCGACAAGCUGCACGACCUCCUUUUUUCUGCCGACACGCACUUCAUCCAGCAUCUCUUCUCCCAGCGACAUUUCACCGACCUGUCGGUGGGCGAAUGGCAGCCAGACAGCAGCAGUGGAAACACCAGCCGUGUGCUCAGCUAUACCAUCGCCCUCAACAACCCCCUCGGCCCCAAGACCGCCCCUGUGGUGGAGACACAGACGUUGCAUAAAAGCAGCGCCCGGGGCGAGUGCUACGUUGUGGACUCAGAGGUCAUCACCUCAGGCAUCCCUUACCAGGACUACUUCUACACGGUCCACAGAUACUGCCUCACCUCCAUCAACAAACACAAGAGCCGACUCAGAGUUUCCUCAGACAUCUGUUAUCGGAAGCAGCCGUGGAGUCUGGUGAAAGCACUGAUUGAAAAGAACACCUGGAGCGGCAUUGAGGAGUACUACAGGCACAUGGAGAGCGAGGUGUGCAAGCUGGAGACGUUGCUGCAGUCGGAGGUUUCCGUGGUGACCACAGGAGAAGCGGUGGGCGCAGACGCCGCCAAGACGCCUCCGGCUUUGCGCCGCAGAAAACGAACCUGCUCACGGCGGCAGGGCGAGAGGGAGAGGGAGGGAGGAGGUCUCGGCUCCGGAGACCGAGGCGACAGAGGAGUCGGAGAGGACCGGGACCGAAGAGAAGCUGGUGCUCAGUACAUGAAGCUGGGAGAACGUUCACGCAGUGGAGGACACAACAGUAUUUCCACCAUCCUCCUCAUCGUCAGCUUCAUGAUCUGUAUCAGUCUCGCGGUGCUGGUGGCGCUCAACAUGCUGCUGUUCUACAAGCUGUACGCUCUGGAGAGAGCCGCUCAUACACUGGAGACGUGGCACUCCUACUCUGUUGCUGACAGUCCUUUGCCUCAGACGGCAGGAGAGUGGGCUCAGGUCUUACAGCUGCAGCGUCAGUUCCAUCAGGCUCAGCUCAGUAAGUGGCAGCAGAUCCUGCAGUCCUCCGUCACACUUCUCGACCAGAUGAAGCAGUCUUUAGAGAAACUCCACCGGGGCAUCGUGGUCCCGGAGGUGCAGCAGGAUGCGUCUGCAGACACCCUCUCAGAGUCGCUGACUGAGGCCUGAGCCCCGCUUCCUCGGGUCGACACCCCACCGACUGUCCCCCACCUCCCAACACCCCCGCUGGACCGGUAGAGUAGAACCUGGGGGGUCGACUUGGAUCAGGAUGCUGUCUGUUCUCUUUAUGUCCAAAUCAAAGACCACUGUUGACUGGGACAUGCAGGGGAACUACCCAAAACUCUCCUUGCCUGACUGACUUGAAUUGUUCGCCUUUAGCCUCAACGUCAGUGACUGGAAGCUAUCAGGACCACAGCAAUAAUUUACCCCACAAAUCAUCUGUAUAUAGCGUGGAAACAGGUCACUGGUGGACCGAUUCAGACCAUCCACUCCUCAACGACUUCAUGACUAUCACAGAUCUCCUCCUCCUCUGGUCUGCAACAUUUCAUAGGCGAUUCCGGAAGGUCAUGGGAACAGCUGGACACCUUUGCCUAUAGUAAACGCCUGCUGAAGGAAAAAGGUGGCUGCAGUCAGGAACAAACACCAGAAGGAGGCGACAGAACGCCUCUCUGGAGUUAGUUCUGUAGUGUGGAGCUUUUCAACAACACACUUUAGUUUUCACCCUUCUUUUUACAUGCAAGUUACACAUCUGAGACCUAAACACACUCCCACUUCUCCCAGUCCUGUCGGGUUUUAUGUUUUGUCCACAGCAGUGCAUUCUCAGACCGUUACAGUAUUUAUUAAUACCUGAAGUUCUGUCCUGCUCUGGAGACGUCACGUGGUUUCAGAUUUGCUGUUGCGAUUCAGACCAACCGGAGCUCCACGAUUACUGGUCACAGCAAUAAUGACAAUAGUGAUUCUUUUGAAUGUUUCAACAGAGUAGUAUAUAAUAAUAAUUAAUAAUAAUAAUGAGUCGUGUGUGUGAAUGUGUAUAGAGGCAGUGAAAAAACAAGCAAAGAACAUUUCUGGUGUUCACAAGGAGUCAUCGCUGUUACAUUUUCAGAUUAGUUUUUGAAGAGUUCUCUUUGGCUGCUCGCUCUUCUUUAACAGUUCAGGAUUUAGUGUAGAUUGAUCUAAAUGUCAGCUACUUUUGUGUCCAUCUGGGUCGACCGUUUCAAAAACAAAAGGACCAACGUGGACUUUGGUGAAGAAAAAGGGAAUCUCUGUUUUGCAGUAUUGUUUUUUUCAUUUUCUUUGUGUGUUUGUAAGAUUAAUCAGACUCACUCGUCUUCUUUUUAUUCAUUUGCUUUUUCAUUUUCUAUGACUUUGUUGCCUGUUGUAUUCGUUUUCAAGCCUGUCCUCUCCAUCCACUUAACUCUGGCCUCGAAUGAUGUGAAAACACCCAUCUGUGCUUUGUUUUUCUUCCCAUCACUCGACCCCCACUCUUCCUCUCUUUGCUCCUCCCAUUCGGCCGCCCGCUCUCUCUCUUUUGAAACGGUGGCAUCAGAAGCUCUUUGGCCUGCUGUGCAUGGCCGAUCGGACAUCCAAAAGGUGUAAUAUUUAUUUAGGGAGGGAGGGAGGGGAAGACUGAUGGGGGGGGGGAAGAGAGAGAGAUGGGCGAGGAGCAGAGAUGAGAAUGUACUGUAAAGAUGUGAUUGUACACCACGCCAUGGAGAGAAAUGAAAAGUUCUAAAACAUGCAACAAA